AUGAACGAGGCGUUGGAUAUCUGGUCACACAAGAAUAAGAUUGGUCGCACUACUUUCCUCAAAGGCAAGUUGUUGGAAUCAAUGGGCAAGACACAAGUGUCUCCCAUUGCGAUCAGGGUUGCCGGUCGCCUCAGGGAGGAGAUUACCAAGGGCGAUCGAGAUGUGGAGAGCUUAACGAUGGAGGGCUUUCAUGGGAUUGUCGCUUUCUGGGCUCGUUGA